UGACACCAGUGUAUCAGUCUUCAGCUGGCAAGUGAAUACACGCGGUCAGGGAAAGCCAUCUACUUAUGUGGGUGUAUUUGACUUUGACUGCUGGUAUCAUGCUCAAAUGCCAGGCUCACUAAGGCCAGAAGAAUCCCUUCAGGACUGCCCCUAUUUUGCACGGUGGUCACUGGACACCGUCACAAGCAUGACUUCUCCCAACCACAUUUUGGAUAUUGUGGUGCAGGAGCGCAGCCUAAAUUGGACAGUUCCUCCUUCUUAUCCACUACCUGAGCAGUGUUUUCAUCCAAGCACCUAUAAAUUUGAUGGCACGUGCUUGCUGAGCUCUGGAGUUGUUCAUAUGACUUGCAGCGGGUUCCGGAAGGAGGAGGAGCAGUUAGACGCGGUCUUGUCAGCUGCUGCUCAGACAGGUUCUGUAGGACUUCUGACUGGCUGCAUUAAGCUUUGGACAUCUAAAGGGAAUACUUCUUAG